AAUUUCUUUAGAUGGACAACUUUUCAUCGGGAAAAUCACGCACAAUUCUAUCCAUCAUAUUUCAACCUCCGUAAAAAAAAAAUCACUCUUUGGGGAUAUUUGUUCUCCUGGAAAUUCUUGGACCACGCAAACGACGAAAUCAGGAGAGAGUUUACAUUCCACUCCGGGGUUCAACAGCACAGAGACGAAUUAUUCCGGCAACUCACGAAACAGAGAGGUGGUGACGUCGUGUUUGUCGGUGUACACGUCAGAAGAGGGGAUUUCCUAGCAGAGCGUCAUCAAAAUGCUGGGUUUGGGGUACCGCAGCUUUCGUAUUACGUCAAGGCUUUUGCGACAUUGAGAGAACUGUUGCCCAAUAGCUCUCUGGUCUUCAUCGUAGCCAGCGACGACCUCACGUGGUGCGAGAGCAAUCUCAAAGCCAGCGACGUCGUCAUCUUAAACAAACGAUCGCCCGGGCUGCACCUCGCC